AUGCAACAGCAGCCGACUGAAACCGAGGCUGCCUCUGGCUCCGGAGGCGCCGUCCGAUCUAAUGAUACAAACACACGGGCAACUCUUUUGAAUAUGCAAAGAGGCGGCGUGAAGGAAAUACUGCGGAACUUCGAACGAAAAACGCAAAACGGACCCGUGCAGUCGGUGGGCGGUGGAACGGUGCUACGGCAUAAGCAGCAAGAAGUAAAUUCAACUUUCUCUUCAUCUGCAUCUGAGAGGAAGUUACAGGAGCUUCAAAGCGUUUUGAAACACCGCGAGGAGUUGAUUCGUUCCCUUGAGGGUGCAGUUGCUCAGCGCGAGUCCGAUUUGUCCUUCGUGCUAAAAGAAAAGUUUCACCUUUCCAAGGAAAUCGUCGCUUCACGGUCUGCCUCACAGCCAAGCGGCGGCCCCUGCCCCUUUGGUGUCCACCAAAACGCGUCAGUCCCAGUACAAUCCACAACAGUGGGAAACGGAAUUUCUCUCCAGCCGGCCAACUCGUGCACAGCGGGUGAGCCGCAGGCAGAAGCUUUCGCGGCUCAGCGACUGCAGCCAGAGAGCAGCAGCUGUAGCGACCCUGAGGACAGGAGCGGCGUUGGAGUGCCUUGUAGCUUUAGUGGGACCAGCAGGGGGCCAAAAAGCGACUCUCGAAAGGCCCCCAAAAGAAACGACUGCGGCGAAGCUGAAGAGCUGUCGCCGAAGCGCGUUACGUGGAGAGAAACCCAAAGCCCGAACAGACUUUCCACUGAAGAAAUUGACGGAGCAGAAGAGAUGGAAGGCACAGCGCCGGCCGAUGCACCGCGUGAAGUGGGAGCACUGGCAGCAACUUCCCAAAGUGCAAGCAGUGCACAUUCAUGUCCACGACAAUCGGGGGCUGCGGAAGGCGACAGUACAGUGAAGCAGGAGCUGCCUGUAGAGCCAGGACUGUCGUUUUCCGGUGAUGAAGACACUGUCAGCAUCGGGUUGCCGCCGGAGGCUCCUGAAAAGUCUUGCAGUGCCACCAGUGCUGCAGAUCCGCGCCGAAAUGAACUGAGGCCGUCUAAAUGCUCUGAGACCUCUCGCUCUAAGGACCUUCUGGCAAACGCCGCAGAAUACCUCGACUUAAAUAGCUGGCGGCUUGACAAAAAUCUCGCGCAAGCGGAGCAGUAUAAUGGCUGCAUGGCGGUGUCAGUAGCUAGUGAAGGCAAGCACAAAGCUGAGGAGGCAAAAUUGGACGAAAGGGGACGCGUCGAAACCCGCAACAACACGCGGAACAUUCACUUUUCAACGGCAAUAGACCAAGAUCGGAAGGUAGUGGAUGGUGCAGGCGAAGGGGGCGAUCCAACGGACUCACCGGAUCUUCAUAGCGGCACUAGAUUCCAGGCGGAACUGUUCUUUAAGGCUCUAUUGGUGCAAACGCAGGCCAUGAUUGAAGCGGAAGCGGAGACUUCAGACGUCCUAGAAAUGCAAGAUGAAUUGUCGUCUAAGAUAGACUUCCUGCAGAAUGCUUUUGAAGAGAUUUGUCAGGAGCUAGACGCCGCUAGGAAGGAGAACAGAGCCCUCGUCCAGAGGAUUUCACUGAACGACACACAAAAGAACCCGAUCACUGAACCAUCUGAGAUGCCUACAGCAUCAAAUAAAAGGACCACCAACAGUGGAGAGUGCGCUUCGUCCCUCUCCCAGGCAUCGCUCAACUUGACGAGGACUGUUGCCGGCAUUCAAAAGGAGCAUCAUGAAGAAAGCAUGGAGGAAAAACUGGAAAAAGCACUUCUACAGAUUCGCAGUCUUGAGGAAAAGUAUGCAAGAUCAGAGUCUGCCCUCAGUACUGCGCAAGCUGCAUUGAAUGAGGCUCGGAAUCAAAUAACGUUUUUGCAGCAAAGAUGCGAACUUUUGCAGGAAUUUGACAAACGGACUUGGCAACUGCUUGAGAAGUUAAUGCUGAAUGUAGUUCAAGAAGGCGGACCUCCAGCUGGCACGUUCUCAGCGAGAGCAGGCGGCGAUGACUGA